CUAGGAUGGGGGGGGGGACGCUCUUACGUUGCUAUGAGGUGGCUCCCGCCCUUCAUCCUCUCACCCAGUCAUUGACUGACUGCCUUGCCCUGUGGUUGCGGCGGUGGCGGCAGCAGCAGCAGCAGCAGCUUCUUUGCCGGUGACUGUCUGAGUCUGCUCGAGACGGCUCACGCGCUCGGGGUGUUGGGGGAGGGUGGAGAGAAGAUGAAGGCGAUGGGCAAGGGCGGGCAGCGGAGGCGCCAGCAGCCGCGACUGAGGUGAGGCGGAGGAGGACGAAAGGGGCAGCAGCCCGCAAGCUCCUCUCCGCAGAGGGAAUGGCUCAUGCUGGGGCGGCGGCGGGCGAGGAGCCCCUGCCGGGCACCUCCUCCACCUACAGAGACGAUGGAGGACGGGGAGGAUGCAGCGGAGGCCAGGCACUGGCGGCGGCGGCGGACGCCUUGUCGCUGGAGGAGAUCCUGAGGCUGUACAACCAGCCCAUCAACGAAGAGCAGGCGUGGGCCGUUUGCUACCAGUGCUGCGGCUUCCUCCGCGCCCGAGGCCGCCACGGGCAGUCCCCGGCCAGCAGGGUGGAGAGCUCCGCGGACAUCCGCAUCUGGAGGGACGGCGCCGUCACGCUGCGGGCGGACAGCAGGGCUCCGAGGAACCCGCCAGGAGCAGGUAAAUCAGAACAUUCACGAUGUCCAGAAACAGAGGUAAGAAGAAAUGUAAUAGAAUCAUUGGGAAUUAUAAUUUAUAAAGCACUGGACUAUGGCUUGAAAGAGAAUGAAGAAAGAGAGCUAAGUCCUCCUUUGGAACAGCUUAUUGAUCAUAUGACUAAUACAGUAGAAACAGAUGGGAGCAAAGAUGAAGGCUAUGAUGCUCUCGAUGAAGGUGUAGAGGAUGAAGAUUAUAAAGAGGAUGUUGAAGUUAUACAGUCUUAUCGAGAUGUCAUGAAGCUCUGUGCUGCCCAUCUACCAACCCGAUUAGAUGCACCAAAUCAUUAUCAAGCAGUUUGUCGGGCACUGUUUGCUGAAACAAUGGAGUUGUACACAUUCUUGGCCAGAAUUAAAAGUGCAAAAGAGAAUUUGAGAAAGAUUCAGGAAAUGGACAGAGAAAGGACUGAUGACUCCAGCACAGAUCUUGAUGAGUUAAAAAAUGCUGACUGGGCUCGGUUUUGGGUGCAAGUGAUGCGAGACUUGCGAAAUGGUGUGAAACUGAAGAAGGUUAAAGAACGUCAGUAUAAUCCUCUUCCCAUAGAGUAUCAGCUCACUCCAUAUGAGAUGCUGAUGGAUGAUAUCCGAUCCAAACGCUAUACUUUAAGGAAGGUUAUGGUCAAUGGGGAUAUUCCUCCACGAUUAAAAAAGAGUGCCCAUGAAAUAAUCUUGGACUUCAUCCGAUCUCGACCUCCAUUAAAUCCAGCUUCUGCAAGAAAACUGAAACCAACCCCACCACGGCCACGUAGCCUGCAUGAAAGAAUACUGGAAGAAAUAAAAUCUGAACGAAAGCUGAGACCGGUCUCUCCUGAUGAGAUCAGGCGUAGCAGGCUAGCAAUCCGGCCUCUUAGCAUGUCUUACAGUUUUGACUUGUCAGAUGUGUCCACACCAGAGGCCUCCAGAAAACUGGCAGAAAGCUGUGCUGUUAAUGGCAGCCUAGUGCCAGAAGCAAAGGUGAAUGGUAUUGGUACUUCUCAGCUGACAGUGCAAAGGAAGAGACUGUUAAAAGCUCCCACAUUGGCAGAACUAGACAGCUCAGAUUCAGAGGAGGAGUCUAUGCACAAAUCAGCCAGCAGCAGUAGUGUGUCUCCCUCCCAAAUGGAAGAUACAUUUCUAGAGCCCACCUCUAGGAAAAAGUUGCCUCCAAAGUUUUUGCCAAUAUCAUCCACGCCGCAGCCAGAGAGGAAGCAACCACCUCAGAGGCGACAUUCCAUUGAAAAGGAAACACCUACCAACGUACGACAGUUCCUGCCACCUACAAAACAGAGUUCCAGAUCACUUGAGGAGUUUUGUUAUCCAGUGGAAUGCCUGGCUCUCACAGUGGAAGAAGUCAUGCACAUCCGCCAAGUGCUAGUGAAAGCAGAGCUAGAAAAGUACCAGCAGUAUAAAGAUGUCUAUACUGCCCUCAAGAAAGGAAAGCUGUGUUUUUGUUGCCGAACAAGGAGGUUUUCUUUCUUCACCUGGUCUUACACCUGUCAGUUUUGUAAGCGGCCUGUAUGCUCACAGUGUUGUAAAAAGAUGCGCCUGCCGUCAAAGCCAUAUUCUACUCUUCCCAUCUUUUCUCUGGGACCUUCUGCUUUGCAGAGAGGAGAGAGUUUUAUGAGGCCAGACAAACCUUCUACCAGCCAUCACCGGUCACUAAAAGGAAUGCCAAGAUUGUCCUCAAAGUCCAAAUCUGUAGAUAAGUCUGAUGAGGAAGCACUGUUUCCAAAAGAGUUAAUGGAGGACUGGAGCACCAUGGAGGUGUGUGUGGACUGCAAAAAGUUCAUUUCGGAAAUCAUUAAUUCAAGCCGCCGCAGCCUCUCCCUGGCUAACAAGCGAGCCAGAUUAAAAAGGAAAACCCAAUCAUUCUACAUGUCGUCCCCAGGCACCUCUGAGUACUGCCCUUCUGAGAGGACUAUCAAUGAGAUCUGAGCCUUGUGCCUUUCUCUUUGCUUUGUCUUCAUGAAGUCCUGAGAGAACUCGCUGAAACCAGAUUGUCUGUCUUUCCUUGGUUCUCCCUUACAGCUUACAUUUGCAUUAGGUCACUGUUGCUGCCACUCCAUAACUUGCAGAAAAACUCAGAAAUUAGGCUAUGCAGCAGGUCAGCCAAUACAUUUGUUUGUACUGGCCAAAAAAAAAAGACGACGACAAUUAGGAAGUGUUGCCUUUUUGUAUGGGAGUAAAGUAUAAUGAAAGCCUUUUAAUUUUUUUAUUUUUUUUGCACACACACUCUCACAUACACCCGCUUAAGAUGGAUGAAAUACAUACUUAAAGAACCAGAUCUAAAACAGGUGAUAGUGUUAGUACAGCAUGUGCUACCAACUAAAGUAAUUUAUAUUUCAUUCUCUGCCACGCCGCCCCACACAAUAAAUAGAUGAAGACCAUGGCUCUUAAUGCCUUAUCAUAUAGCAUAAGAGCUGAUGUGCUCAGAAUAGUUACGUCCAAACUAUCUGAUGUCUGGGUUCAAGCAUAAAAUAUCAAAUAAGCUAGAAGCUUACUCAUUUACAGAAUAGGUAACUGUUUCCCGUCAGCUGCUGUUCUAAACUCAGUGUAAUGAUUGUUGUGUUCUGUCUAGGUUACAGUAAUUUCUUCCCUAUCUUGAAUGUAUUCUGAAUGUUGUAGUAGUAGCUGUAGCUUUUAGUAAUAAGCAAAAUCAUAGUCUUUAUGGGGAAGAUGCAAGAUAAGUGCAACUUUUUAAUUUUAAUGAGGUUUUUUAGUAAAGAACAUUCUCUUGGCAACAAUCCUGGGAAAGUCGGUAAUAAUGUGUAUAUUUGUAUUAUAGUGGAACACAUAAGACUGCUAUAACUAAGAGUCUGGAAGCAUAUCUAAUAUAAACCCCAUUUUUGCAGGGGUUUGUAUCUUGGCUGUAGAAUAAUUUUAUACCCUGCAAAUAUUUGAGACAGCAGUGUCUCAGAUUAAGAGGUUUUUUGUUUUCUUUUUUAACAAGUUUGAAGAAGCACUGUCUUGCUAUUUUGGAGCUCCAAUAAUAUUACCGAACAUCUCAUUUUUGCACUCUUUUAUAUUCAGAUUUUUAAAUUUAAACAAAACUGGAGCUUAGUGUAGAAUAUGGUGUUGGGUUAUUUUUAUAUUUAUAACAACCCAGUUAUAAAUAUUUGCAAAGAUCUGGUGGACACGAACUCUUCCAUCAGGUUUUUAAUAGCUAGACCCAUAUUUAAUAUCAAAAUAGAAUAUGUGAUAGGGAGGCUAAAGUUCUUUGUAUUUACAUUUUCAUAUUGUUGGCUGAUAUGAUAUCUCAGUACACUUUGAAAGUUGGCAGUAUCUGCUUAAAUUCAAUCUCUUAUCAUACAUCCAUUUAAGGAUAGUUGAGAAACUAAUCUGUAUAUUUUUAAAAAACCUCAAACCUUAGUGGCAAAGGGAGACUACUACCACAAUAGAUUACUGUAUUUACCUGAACCCAAGACUAGGCCGCCCACCCAAGUUCUUUGAUGUUAUAAAUUGGGGGUGGGGGGAGGGCUUGUCAGAAGGAAAUUCCUCUUCCUUUCAGGUAAAUACAUGCAUAACCUGUAUUUAACUUCUAUUUUUAAAGGGAGUUGUCAUCUAUUUGGGCAAAUACAGUAGUAGCCUGACCUUAGGACAGGUUACUCUAGCAGAUAUUUAGAUAGUUAUGCCAGCUCCAGUGUUUGGAUUCUAAGGAUGCAGUCUCCGUUUCAGUUACUCUUAAGCAAUUCAUUCAAGACAGUGAGACUACUCCACUGUAACUGGGUUGCAGACUGCAGGCCUUCUCUGCAUUAGAGACCUAAUAUAUAGUGGUACUCUCUCAUAGCUUGAAAAAUAGUACUCUUUGAAAGACUGAGAACUAUUGUAAGGAAUCCUAAUACCAUGGGGGAAGUCCACAAAUUCCACAAUAAUUUAAAAUCAGUUUGGAUUUGUAGUGUAGGUAGAGCCUUAAAGAGAACAAUUGCUUUUGUUGAACUCAAACUCAUUGUUAUGUAGUUCAGCUCUACCCUUUGACUUCUGUGGUCCUUGACUGAACCUACUGUUGGAAAAUUAAUGUUUUAAGAAUUGCAAUUGAAAUGGCAUAGUUCUAUUUUUUCCUGUUAUUUCUUCACAUGGCAAAAUCGCAAGGUAAUUUUAUCCUAUCAAAUUUGCCUGAUUAUUAUUUGGUUUUAAACAUACUCACAUGGGGUAUGUGAUUUUAAAAGUUUGUUGUGACAGUGAAUGCCAACACAAAUGAAAUGUUUGCAUCAAGAAGUAAUGUGAAAGUUAGGCCUUAGUUUCUCUUUGGCAUACAUUUGGAAAAAAAUUGGCUGAAAGCUUAGAUUAUUUUGUACUUUUUACUUCCAGAUUUCACAAGAAUAUUAUGGUAUAAAGCAAGGGUUCCCCUUAUAGCCCAUGAAGGCUUCAGCAACUGUUUGUAUUAUUUAUGUGCAAUGAAAAUGAGGCAUUAGCAACAUCCCAUCUUUCCAAGCUUCUUGCAUCUUGCCUUUAUUCUAUGCAGUCACCCUGUUCUAGUUCCUCAGACUGAGCCCUUUACAACUUGAAUUUAAGCAUAACAUAAACAGGGAUCUAGGCAGUUUCCUUGAGAAAUAUCCAAAGGGAUUUUCCAACGCAGCCUGGAACUCACUUUUCCCCAUCAUCCCAAUCCUUUUUACAUUACGCAAGCUGUUCUGUGAGUAUUGUACACAUUUUACUUUUGUGCUCCUAUAGAGCCAAAGAGGGAAUGGGCAUUUUUUGACCAGUCUCUCAAGUUGUGGGAUGAGUUUCUGAGAUUGUUUUGAACAGAUAUUAUGACAUUAGUAGAGACUACCUACGUGUAUGGAGAAAGCCUACCCUCCACCCAGGCAGCAUGAGUCCUUUCAGUCUCUUCCAACAUGUGCCACCAUUCUCAGCCACUAACUUUAUAUAAUGCUAAUUAUAUAAGAACUUCCAUUGUUCUAGAGUCUCUUUCCAAGUGCUCUUCCCUUUUUUCCUUCCUCCCUGUCUGUCAUCUUUUGGAGGGCAGGUGCGAGGAACUUUAAAUAUGCCAGCCAUUACUCAGUUGGGCAAAAAGACAAUUCAGCAGGCUUUGGGAAGUUGCUGCUUGUCUUCAUUUUGAAGCCUGAGGGAGCCUGCCUCCUUGGCUGAGUGAUGUAUGUUCAUAUCACUUUGCCAUUAAUAUCCCAAAUGUGUUCCAAGUAUUGAGGACAUACCCUCUGUCUCUGCAUACCUCAGAAAGCUGCCCUUAGUGUGAAAGCCUCUUGGUGCCCUACUUGCAUGCUCUUAUCAGUGUCAGAAUACCUUGUAAAUAUGUAUAAUAUAAGUUUCAAAGGCAGCCACUCUGUGGUGGGAAUCAACCUCCUCAUAAAGAGUGGGAAAUUUUUUAAUAAAAACUAAAAAUGAGCCCAACUGUUAUGUGUUAUUAUUACAGUAUAGGUUUAAAAUAUGGAAAUUCACAUUCAUAGUCAUGUUUAAUCAAGUUUGCCAAGGAGAAAGGAAGUAAACUUGCCACCACGAGAAUUAAUGCUUUUAUUUUUCUAAUUAUUAAUACAUCUAGGAUGUGUCCAAAGUGUAUAGUAGAAGACCUGCAUCCCGUGCAAUGCUCUUUUUUGUACAUGGAAAUAUUUGUGGGAAAUUCCAAACCACCUGUCAAAGGUAGCAAGAGAGUCUCUGUUACAACUUGAUGUGUAGAAAACCUAAGCUCUUAUGCAUCCAUGGUAACACUGUUGCUUUAUUCUUUUUGUUUUAUUGAAAUCCUUUAUUUAAACAUGAAUUAUUUAGGGGAAAUAAAAUGCCUUUCUGUCAUAGCCUUUGUCUGUGUUAAUAAUUUGUUAAAUUAUUGUAAAAAUAGAAUAUUAAAAUACUUGGUUUUACUAAGAUAAUAUGAUUUGUUACUCCUUUUAGUUUGCUAAAGAAAACUAAUGAAGUUAUUUUAGUAUUUGGGCUGCAUGAAAGGAACAAAAAAUGUCAACAUUUGUAGAAUAGCAAUAAAAAAGCAUCACAUAUUCAAUUGAAACUUAAGCAUUGAAUAAUAUGGCCAACAUUUAGGCAAAGAUCAGAAAAAUGUUGGUUUACCAAAAAUGCUUUCAUACCUCAAUUUGAAAAAUGGGCAGGUAAGUUAACUGCCUUCCUUAGCACACAUUAGUUGUGCUGAAUCUUUAGUCUCUGCAAUAACUACCUUCCACCUAUAUUCAUUGCACUGUAGUAUAAAUGCUGACAGAGAAUGAAUGGAAUAAGUUUUCUCUGUUGUAGAAAGGCUUAAAGAACAGGGGGGAAAUGCACAUGUAAUUUUCUCCCACUUAUUUUGCCUUUCUUCUGUCCAUUGUCAUCAUCCUCCCAUUCAUAAAGUUCUUCCGCUAUGGUUAUUAAUUGACUGCAUAUUUAUUUUGCUAUUCAAAACCAGCUCGUUUUAACUUCUAAGGAUUGCUUUUGUCAGCCUAGCUUAAUCCAGCAGGUUUGUGCAUAGGAAUGUUUUCAUUUGUGAUUUAAAUCUUAUUUGUGAAAUGGUGACAUCAUACAGGGGUUGAGCAAAAGAUGCUCUAAUAUUUGCAUACUUACUAGCACAAAUACUUGUACAAAUACUUUCUAGUAGCACAGAUAUUUUAAUUGUCAUAUAACCUCAUCUUCUCCAUCCCCAACUUGCUUGCAAAUUUAACUUAGUGUCUCUUUCUCUCUGAUUCCUCAGUAUGAAACUACAAUCUGGUGCUCAGUUGUAUUGGGGCCAAAUCCAAGAUUUUUAGCAAACUGGACUACACUGGUAGUUAUAGAUAAGCAGUCUCUUCUGAGGCAUAUAUGAUAAGGAAUCUUGAAAAUACUCAAAAUGCAAACCUGUUUCUGGUUUAUGAGAAUGAAAUGUUAGUAUUGUUGAAUUUAAUUCCUAUGUUCACAAUAAGUUGAAACAGGACAGGGCCUUCUAAGUUGAGCUCCCAGCUUGGCAGGAUGCUAUCAAAUGGAUAGGUCAGAAGUCCAACUGCCCCGUUUGAUACCAUCCUGGCAAGUUGUCAAAACAUUUAUAUUUUGCUAGACUUUUAGUUUGCUUUGUGUCGCCCCCCACACACUGUUAUGAUGACUAUUAAUUGGCCAUAGUUCACACAGUUCAUUCUAUUAGUUUACUUAUUUUAUAUUGUGUAUAUUAAACAUUUUGGUGGGAGACCCUCACGGGACUGACAGGAUCUAAAUGUUUUAAUUAAUAAUAAAUUAUACUUCAGAAAAAUGACUUGUUAGUUUAGAUUCAAACACUUGUUUUUCAGUACUCUGAAGGUUCCAUAAUGUCAUCAAAUUAAUUGAAACCAUAUAUUAAUGUUGACCAUAUACUGUAUACUUAACAGUACAUCUCCACACAGACUGCAGCACUCAAUGAUUUGAGCUUUGUACGGUGUACAUGUUCUUAGGAAAUCUUUAAUGUGUCUCUCUUUCACAUUACAAGGUGACAUGUUUCAUAUUCAGUAAUAACAGAAACAGGAUUGUCUAUGAUGUACAUUUGACUCCUAAAGGACUUGAGUUUGCCAUACUGUUUGUUUGGUAUGAUUUUUUUUCAUGAUUCUCUCAAGAUUUUCAAAGGAGAGGAAAGGCUGGGCUGAGAUUCAAAGAAUUAUGCAAUUAAUUCUACAUAUUAGAGACAGCAAGUUGAAUUUGUGUUUUUUUCAACUGCAGUGCCAUUGACUAUCUAGGAAACCUUUUAAAACUGAAGUGGUUUUUCAAAAGCAGUAUGUGAGAGGGCAUGGUAGUCUGCUGUUCAAAAGGAAAACAAAAAUCCCACUGAACAUAGCCAACCUCAUAGAUUUUUGGAUCCCAACUAUUCCUUCCCACUGCCACAGCUUGGAGAAUGUGUAAAUACAUUGACAGCCUUAUCCAACUAGCAAAAUUCACAUAUGUACCUGAAGUAUAUGUGUGUCUUAAUGUUCAUCUGGUCCCUGCUGAACCAGAUGAAUACAUUUGGUGAUGCACAUUCCGAUCCUUGGUCGCUUGUUGGGUGCUCUACUGAAAUGGUACACUUCUAUUAUAAUGCAGCUCUUGAGCAAAAUUUGUUUUGCACUAUUCUAUAGAUAAAUUCCCAACAAAACUAUACAUUUUUCCUAGGAACAAUAAUAUUUUAGGAAUAUAACAGUAUAGUUUCCAUUUCUAUAGAAAAUUCAAAGUAGGUUAAAUAUGUAGAAAUUUUUCUGCUUAUAUACAAAGUUAGGGAUUGGGCAACGGUUAAAAGCUUCAUAGCACAUAUGAUUUCUAGUCUGGACUGUAAUAAAAUUAUAUUGCAUAUGAUUUCUGAAAGUAUGAGCGGAAUCAAGUACAGUAACUUUCUGUGUAAUUUUUACAGCAUUGUAAAUUUGAAUAGAACUGGAACAUAGCAAAAACUGAAUUAAACAUAUAAUGCAGUUAAAGUAGCUAGUGACGUGUUCAUAGUAAUCAAGAUAUUGGUUUACAGUUACUAGAACCACUUACUCUUUUGCCCCAGUGGCUUGUCCCAUUGUGCAUACCUAAACUACUCAUGGGAAUGCAGUAGGUAGCGGUCGUAGAUAAGCCUGUUUGUUCCCUGUUGAAGAAACAAUAACCUCGAUGAUGACAAAAUACUAUCCUGUUAUGUUCCAUGCUUGCCUUUUAGUCUGCUCCUAUAUUUUAGGUACAUGUUGGCAGCAGAAGGGAAGCAAUGACUUAUGAUGUUUGUAAGCUUGUGAUAAGAAAAGGACAUUUUUAGAAUGUAACUGUCCUACAGACUCGGUGGACAAUACCUGUCCACUCGUGUGUAUGGGGGCGGGGGUGGAUUUUAGCUUAGAAAUGUUAUGUGGAUAGAGUAUUGGUAUUGUACAUGGGCAAUUCUGUUCUAACCUCUUCAGCCAUACAGUUCACUAGGUGGCCUUGGGCAAAACAUGAUUGCUCAAGCUAACCUACUUUUUAGGAUUGUUACAAUAAAAUGACACCCAUGACGACAGUCUGAGCUCCUUGAAAGAAGGCUUUGAGCCAGUACAUAUCAACAGCUCUUCCAUCUAACAACUAACUGUGCAACUAAUACCUAUAUUUCAAAAAAGGGAAUUUGUCUCAGUGGGACCUGGGUCAAGUAAAGUUUUCUUUAGUAUGCGUGAAGUGCAUUCCCAUAAUUCAGGAACAGCUUAAUAGUUCUUUUUUAAAAAUGAAGCACAAAAAGUUAAUUUUGUAAUACCUCCCUCCUAUGUGAUGUCACUGUGCAUGCCUUUUGUAUGGCUUCUGAUGCAUCAGAGUAGCCAUUUGCAAAUUAAAAUUGAAAAAGCCAAUAGAAUUUUUCUGCUUGUUUUCAUGUAAUGUAAUACUGACAUGCAGUUUGUUUAUGCUUUAAUAAAAAACUUCAAAGUUG